CGCGCCUCAAGGGCGGUCCUCCGGUGCCCGCUUUCUUCCCCUCGAGUCAGAACUCAGUGCCAGUGACCCGAGGCUGGGGCGGUCGUGGUGAGUGGUUCCUUGUGGCCUAGAAAAGUCCUGCAAAAAUGUCUCUAUAUCCAUCUCUUGAAGAUUUGAAGGUAGACAAAGUAAUUCAGGCUCAAAGUGCCUUUUCUGCAAACCCUGCCAACCCAGCAAUUUUGUCUGAAGCAUCUGCUCCCAUCUCUCAAGAUGGAAAUCUCUAUCCUAGAUUGUAUCCAGAGCUUUUUCAGUACAUGGGCCUGAGUUUAAAUGAAGAAGAAAUACAGACAAAUAUGGGCAUGGUCCCUGGAGCACCAACUCAGGGGCAGUUGGUAGCAAGACCUUCUAGUAUGAACUAUAUGGUGGCUCCUGUAACUGGUAAUGAUGCUGGAAUUCGUAGAGCAGAAAUUAAGCAAGGGAUUCGUGAAGUCAUUUUGUGUAAGGAUCAAGAUGGAAAAAUUGGGCUCAGGCUUAAGUCAGUAGAUAAUGGUAUAUUUGUUCAGCUGGUUCAGGCAAAUUCUCCAGCCUCAUUGGUUGGUCUGAGAUUCGGGGACCAAGUACUCCAGAUCAACGGGGAAAACUGUGCAGGCUGGAGCUCUGAUAAAGCGCACAAGGUGCUCAAACAGGCUUUCGGAGAGAAGAUCACUAUGACUAUUCGUGACAGGCCCUUUGAACGCACCAUUACUAUGCAUAAGGAUAGUACUGGACAUGUUGGUUUUAUCUUUAAAAAUGGAAAAAUAACAUCCAUAGUAAAAGACAGUUCUGCAGCCAGAAAUGGUCUUCUCACAGAACAUAACAUCUGUGAAAUUAAUGGACAGAAUGUCAUUGGAUUGAAGGACUCUCAAAUUGCAGACAUAUUGUCAACGUCUGGGACUGUAGUUACUAUUACAAUUAUGCCUGCUUUUAUCUUUGAACAUAUUAUUAAACGGAUGGCACCAAGCAUUAUGAAAAGCCUGAUGGACCACACCAUUCCUGAGGUUUAGAAGCCAUGACACAGUGGAAACUUCGCUGAACUUCUCCAGUUUACUACUUUGGCAACUUAACUUUGUAUUAUGCACGUGAAGCUUUCUAGGAGCCAGACAGCAUAUGCUGCAUGAGGUCCUUUCUAUCUGACAUUAUGGCUGGGAAUCUUAACUGAUCUGAUACCUUGUUCAGACUUCAAAAUAGUUGUAGCCUUAACCAGGUUUAACCGAUGUGAAACUUUGAAAAGAUUUACUGACUUUCAUAGAUGAGUAUCUCUACUGGAAACCUGAUGCUUUUAUAAGCCAUGCUCUGAUUAGAAUGACUAAUGCAGGCUUUAGCUUUGUGUUAGAACCAGUCAGCUUCUUUCUAGAAAUCAGUGCUGUCAUACCACUUUAGUUCUGAGGUAUACUUGCAUAUUUACUGUUACCGUAGUACAUUUAGAAUGGUUGCUUUUGAUAGUGGUUUUUUUCCCCCUCUUGGUUCUGUGUGUGAAUGUAGUGCGUGUCUGUAAAACACCAAUUAAAUGACACUGGUUUCAUUCCAUGUAAGCAUUACACAGUGUAUGUAGGUUGCAACAGAUUGCAUUAGUAUUAAAUUCUCAACUACCUUCACUUAAUAUGCUUGAACUGUCGCCUUAACUAUGUUAAGCAUCUAGUAUAAAAGCCAAAAUGUAACUAUUGCUGCCUUUCUAAAACCCAAAAUGCAGUUCUGCAUUACAUUAAACUGAAAUGUACGCUAGCCCAAACAAAUUAUUGGUAUAUACUAAGCUAUACAUAGCAUAGCUGCUUAGAUGCAUUUGAGAUUUUCUAGUCAUUGUGUAAUGGAAAUAACUUCUCAAAGUUACUGGUAUCAUUUUUCUGAGAAAUUAAUCACUGUAUAUUUAAUGUAAAAAUUCUUAUACUAAACAGAUAAACUUUUGACUUUUUUAUUGUAGAUUAAGUAAGAUUAAGUAGCCUAAUUUUGACAUUUCACUAAACAUGAUGUAACCUAGCUACUUUGGGAUGGUCUUAAAAUGUUGUCCUGGUAAUUAGUUCUAUCUCCUGACUUCUCCCUGCAAACAAACCGCAUUGACACUUCAUCCUGAUUUUCUUCUUUUUUUGGUUUAUACCUGUUCCAAUUAAAUAUGUACAAAUAAAGUUAAAAUUUAGUCA